UGCCUCCCCCACCCUCCUGUUCUUCCUCCUCCUACACGCACACCUGCCACACCUCUUGCCAUGUCGCUAUUCUGGAUUGGUAACGUGGCCCGGGUCCGGUCGGCGCCCAUCGCCCUCCACGAGGCUUUCCGUGUCUACGGCCAGGUCGAGUCUAUUGUUCUGGUCAAGCGCAUCGGCUUUGUCAAGUUUACUGCCACCGUCGACGAAGAAGCCGUCUGUGCCGCCCUUCGCGACCGAGUCAUCAACGACUCCCCGCUCCAAAUCUCGGUCGACUCGUCCCAGCGCACUCAGCAAGACCGCCUUCGCAAUGGCCCGGUUGCCGUUGUGGUGGCCAAUGUUGACCCGGCCGUCACAAUCGAUGAAAUGCGUGCCUUCUGCGAGAACUUCAAGGUUCUCGAGGCCAACAGCAUCCGUGGCCCUCCCGUUGCCGAAGGUGAAGCCAAGUCCGCGCCAGACUUUCACCACUACAUCCUCAUCUUCCCCGGCUCCAUGAAGGCUGCGGAAGCUGCGGCUCAUCUCCGCGCUCAACCCCAGCUUUCGGCCGCAGCCUCGUUCCUGUACAUGGGCCCAGAGCUGGAGGUCAUGGUGCGCAGCGCGCAACAUCUCCAUCUGCUGCCUGCCAACAUGAUUGUGUCCCACUCCCAGGCCGGUGCCAUCAUCGGCCAGGGCGGUGCUAACAUCCGUGAACUGCAAGCCAAGACUUCGACCAACAUUCGCGUCCAAUCCCAGUCAGGCGAUAUGGGCCAAGAUCGCAUUGUCACAAUUCAGGGCUCCUCUUCGCAACUGGUAGCGGCCUGCAUGAACAUUCUUCACUUGAUGCAAGCCAAUGACCUUGCAGAGCGCGGCUCGGGCCAGCAGGGCAACCCUCCCAUGCUCCAGUUUUCUAUUCCGGAGGCCAUUGUGGGUCGCAUCAUUGGCAAGAGUGGUCGCACCAUCCGCCACAUUCAGGACGUCAGCGGUGCUUUUGCCCGCGUUGUGAACCAGGCCUACCCGGCCCUUGAACCGGCCCAACGCAUUUUACAGCUCAGCGGCACCAACUCGCAACUGAAGCGUGCGCUGCAGAUGUGCGUUCGAUACUUUACCGUGACGGCAGGUGACGACGUGAACAUUUCCAGCGCCGCUGGCCGAUUGGAGCGCACGCAGAUUACCAUCCCCGCUGUUUUCAUGGGAUCGGUCAUUGGCCGUCAGGGCGCACACAUCAAGCGUCUGCGUCAGUCUUCGUCAGCUGAGGUUGAUUUGUCGGAGGCUCGCGAAGAUGGCAGUGCCAUCAUGACCAUUUCGGGCCCCACCGCGGAGCAGGUGAAGCUGCAUCAAUAUAUCUUUGGUCAUAUGAAGACACACGCCGAGGCCACCGAAGGCUGUGAGUUGCCCGUUUUCCACGUGCAAAUGGAUGUUCCCAAGGCUGCCGUUAGCGCCAUCAUCGGCCGCCAAGGUGGCAACAUCAAGGACAUUCAGAGGACAUACGAUGUCAAGAUGGAGGUGGACGAUGCUGAGCGUGUGGGCAGCGUGGUUCUGGAUGGCACCUUUGCUUCGGUGCAAGCAGCCCUGACGCGUGUGCGCAUGCUUGUUGAUGAGAGCAUGGCUGCCAAGCAUUAAGGCCCCGUUGUUGUGUCACCCUGCGUGCUCCUACCUAUAUGAGACUGCAGUGUUAAAGCAGCAGCCCGAUUUCAAUUCAGGACUUUGAUAC